AUGGCCUCUGGUUUUCUUCCCCCGUAUAUCAUACCCGGACAAGAGCCAGGAACGACCGCAGAAGAACGACAAGAGAUUUACAAGUACCUGCACUGGACCCGCCUCGGCCAAGCCGGCCAAGAAUCAUGUGUGGCCAAGACGAUCCUGUCCGGAGCGAUGGGGCUUGGGCUGGGGGCAAUGUUCAGCUUGAUGUCGAGCUCAUUCGCUUACGAAGACCCUCUCCGAAGAGACCCCAAUUUCGAUACAAUGAAGUUCGAUAAAAAGGCUCGCGUCAUGUUCAAGGAAAUGGGCCGCGGGAUGUGGUCGACUGGCAAAGGAUUCGGAAAAGUUGGAGCACUGUAUGCUGGACUGGAAUGUUGCGUUGAAAGUUAUCGUGCCAAAAGUGAUCUAUGGAACUCGUUGGCCGGUGGUGGAUUAGCUGGUGGAAUGCUGGCAUGGCAAUCAGGCAUGAAAGCCAUGUUAUUCGGCGCGGCUGGAUUUGCAGCCUUUAGUGGGGCGAUUGACGCUUACAUGAGGAAAGAACCACCGGAUGACGAUUGA